CGGGGAAAUGGGAUCCUAGCCCUGCCUCCAGUGGGGGCCGUCCGGAGGUUCUAGGCAGAAACCCGCGGGGUGCCUGGAGUGCCCGGCGGUUUUCGGAGUCUCCACCCAGGGUGAUUAGCAUGCAGAUCCUAAUACUCUGACCUGCCACCCCUCCACUGACAUGGCCCACCGGGGUGGGGAAAGGGACUUCCAGACUUCAGCUCGGCGCAUGGGCACCUCCCUGCUCUUCCAGCUGUCAGUGCAUGAACGGGAGCUGGACCUGGUUUUUCUGGAUCAUAGCUAUGCCAAGCCAUGGAGUGCUCACCCAGAUGCCAGUAGCGCCCGCCCCACCCGCAUGCUCUUUGUUACUCCCCGGCGGCAGCAGGAGAAUACCAUUGAAUCAGAUGUCCCAAUAGACGUGGAGACCGUCACAUCAACUCCUGUGCCACUCUAUGACAAUCAGAAGGCACGCAGUGUGAUGAACGAGUGUGAACGGCAUGUCAUCUUUGCCAGAACUGAUGCGGAUGCCCCACCCCCACCAGAGGACUGGGAAGAGCAUGUCAACAGGACUGGCUGGACAAUGGCCCAGAACAAGCUAUUCAACAAGAUCCUCAAAGCCCUGCAGUCUGACCGGCUUGCCCGCUUGGCCAAUGAAGGGGCUUGUAAUGAGCCAGUGCUGCGCCGUGUUGCCGUGGACAAGUGUGCAAGGAGGGUGCGGCAGGCGCUGGCAAGUGUGAGCUGGGACACCAAGCUGACCCAGUGGCUGCACACCACCCUCGUGGAGACCCUGAGUCUGCCCAUGCUGGCUGCCUAUCUGGAUGCUCUGCAGACGCUGAAAGGGAAGAUCCCAACCUUGAUUGACCGGAUGCUUGUGUCGUCCAACACAAAGACUGGGGCUGCAGGUGUGGAGGCCUUGUCUCUCCUCCUGAAGAGGCCGUGGGAUCCUGCUGUGGGUGUCCUUUCUCAUAACAAACCAAGCAAACUCCCAGGCUCCCCUCUGAUUCUCAUCGCCUCCUCCGGUCCCUCCAGCUCCGUGUUCCCCACCUCACGCCGCCACCGCUUCUGGCAGUCUCAGCUCUCCUGCUUAGGCAAGGUCAUCCCUGUGGCCACCCAUCUGCUGAACAGUGGCAGUGGGGUGGGCGUUCUGCAGUGUCUGGAGCACAUGAUUGGGACAGUGAGGAGCAAAGUGCUAGAGAUUCACAGUCACUUUCCACACAAACCUGUUAUCUUGAUUGGCUGGAACACAGGAGCUUUAGUGGCCUGUCAUGUGUCGGUGAUGGAGUAUGUCACAGCUAUCGUCUGCCUUGGGUUUCCUCUCCUUACAGUGGACGGCCCUCGAGGGGAUGUAGAUGAUCCCCUCUUGGACAUGAAGACUCCAGUCCUCUUUGUCAUUGGUCAGAACUCCCUGCAGUGUCAUCCUGAAGCCAUGGAGGACUUCCGGGAAAAGCUUCGCGCCGAGAACAGCUUGGUGGUGGUUGGGGGAGCUGACGAUAACCUCAGAAUAAGCAAAGCAAAAAAGAAAUCAGAAGGGUUGACUCAAAGCAUGGUGGACAGAUGUAUUCAGGAUGAAAUUGUGGACUUCCUGACUGGAGUGCUCACUCGCACCGAGGGCCAUGUGGUUUCGGAUCCUCGGGACCAGGACGCUGAAAAGAAGAAGAAGCCCCGUGAUGUGUCCCGCAGAGACCUGGCCUUUGACAUCCCUGAGCGGGGCAGUCGGCCUGCUUCCCCCGCUGCCAAGCUGCCCGCCUCACCCUCAGGCUCAGAGGAUCUCUCUAGUGUGUCGAGCAGCCCCACCUCCAGUCCCAAGACCAAAGUGACCACAGUGACCUCAGCCCAGAAGUCCAGUCAAAUUGGAAGCUCUCAGCUGCUGAAGAGACAUAUGCAGAGGACAGAAGCUGUGCUAACCCACAAACAAGCCCAAGCACAGUUCGCUGCUUUUCUGAAACAAAACAUGCUGGUGAGGAAAGCUCUUCCUCCCGGCACCUCCUGUCUCGUUGUUCCUAUUUCCUCAGAGCCAGCAGAGGAGGUGGAGAAGGAGGAGCUGAGGGUCCAGCUGAAGCGGCACCACCCCUCUAGCCCUCUUCCUGGCAGCAAGGCCUCUAAGCGGCCCAAGAUCAAAGUGUCACUCAUCUCACAAGGGGAUGUGGCUGGAGGGGCUCCAGAAGCUGCGGGAGGGAAGCCCAUCACCAUGACGCUGGGGCAGGCAUCCUCGGGGGCCAAGGAGCUCACCGGGCUUCUCACCACAGCCAAGUCGAAUGCUUCUGAAGGCGGAAUCACGGCUAGCCCCACCCCUGCAGGGUUCUCCAGCAGCACCUCACCCAGUGCCCUGCACACACUCCAGAGCCGCUUGGUGGCCACGUCUCCUGGCAGCUCCCUUCCAGGGGCCGCUUCAGCCAGCAGCCUCCUCCAAGGCCUCAGCUUCAGCCUACAGGAUAUCAGCGGCAAGAGCUCUGGCCUCCCUGCCACCCCCUCCUCAGGGCUGGCUACACAGGCCACCAGUGUGAAGCUGCCCACCCCCAUGCAGAACCUGAGUGCCAUCACCACGGGCACCAGCACCCUUGUCCGUACCAUUCCAGUGGCCACCACACUCUCCUCCCUGGGCGCCACCCCUGGUGGGAAGCCCACAACCAUCCACCAGCUGCUGACCAAUGGGGGCCUCGCUAAGUUGGCAAGCAGCCUCCCUGGCCUGGCUCAGAUCUCUAACCAAGCCUCAGGUCUAAAGGUCCCCACCACCAUAACUCUGACUCUCCGUGGCCAGCCAAGCAGGAUCACCACACUGAGUCCCAUGGGUUCAGGGGCAGCUGGACCUGAGGAGCCCAUGUCCCAGGCGCUGCCCUCCAGCUCGCAGUUCCAGCCCAAUGGAAUGGAGUGUGCUUUUCCCCAGGAUGUGUGGGGCAGGGUGCUGUUCUUCCCUCCAGGCCAGCCUGCCCAGAUACCACUGCGCCUGCCUCCUGCACCCUGAAGAAGCCAUGCAGUGUGUCCUCCUUACCAGGUGGUGAUGGCUGUCUCACAGUGGCUGUAGGCACGUGUGUAUCCUGCUGAGCUGUCUGAGUGUCUGAAGACCUCUUUAUAGCAGUCGUUUUGCCUCUGCCAGCUGUCUUCAGGGUCAGGCCUCUGGGUGUCGAGCAGCCAUGUGGCCGGGUGACAUGGAACCGAAAAGGAGGCAAAGGAAGCAGCGCCCUCCAGCAUCUGCACUCUAGUUCCUGGAACACCCAGCCUCCUCUCAGAUCCAGUGCUUGUGUACCAGAGGCAGUUCUUCCUCAUGGUGAUGAUUGACCAGGCGUUGUCGGACUACUCAUGAUGUCUAAUAAAGGAGCCUCCUUUCUACAGUCUGUCCUUCCUGUGCCCAUCUGGAGGAGAGGGUCAGACUAUCUGGGGCUGAAGAAGAUCGGGAUCAUCCUGGCCUACUGGCAGGUCAGAGAGCUGUUGUGGCCGUCUCUGUCGCUUCACCACGGAGCCAAGGAAACUUUAGAAACUGCACUACCUACAGAGUAUCCUGCUAGGAGAUCCCAGAUGGAGGCAAAGAAAACUGGCGCAUCGUCUCUCCAUCUCUUGGCCAUUUUAGGAUGUGGGGAGCAGCGGUCUCCACAAGGUGAGAGCUGGCCCCUUCCUCUUUUCAUCAUGCCUUGGGCAGUUCCUGCUCCCGGAGAGCCUGCGCGGCUGAAGAGGAGAAAUGAAGUGCCUGGUGGCACAGACAAUUUGAGCUUGGGGCUGUGUAUCUGGCCUCUGAGGACCUGGUGAUUAGCUAGAGAUGAGAAGCAGAAUUUGCCAAGUCAGGGAAACUGCAAACCCUGAUGGCCCUGUGUCCAGGGCAGGGAUGAAGCAGGGCCAGCAGCUAAGGUGAUAUCUUGGCCUUGGUUCUGGAGAGCCUGAGCAUCAGGACGAUGAAGACUGAGCUCCAUUGUUUCUGUUCACGUGACUUCUCGCUUCCUGCCUAGAGGUGGGGAGAUUGAUGGUGGCUAUUCUGCUGUGCAGUGCUCUUGGUGCCAGCCUGAGUCCUACGGGCCAUGGUCCUAAUGAAAGGCUUCUUGGGGAUGGCGCGCUGAGGCCCUCCCGACCUCCUCACAGGGCAUGUGUGCAAUGUGGUAUGGGAUUCUGAGCCGCACUUGUGCUCCAAGCUCAGGCUCCCUUCCCUUCCAUCCUUAGAGUGUUUCCCGUCAGAGUGAUAAACAAGGCACCUUGAGUGUGACUUUUAAGUCCAGGGUUCUGACCCCCAGGGUGGCCUGCAUCCAGACCAGGCCAGCAGAUCAGUCCUGCCAGAAGGGGCACACUGUGCUUGGCAGUCAUAGACAAGGCAGUUUGGGGGUGUAUGUGAUGGGAGUGGAGAGGGUUCCCUAAACCCUGGGCCCUUUCCCUUACCUCCUGCUCUGAUUCACACAGAAUUGGACUAUAUUUUUGCAUUAGCUGGUAGGUUAUUUCAGAAGACAUCUUAAUAAAUUUACGGAAGAUGUGGAAUCUGAAAGGCAUAUGGGGCUUGGUGUUGACAGCUUUACAGGCAGGAUCAGAACACAGCAAAAGAGCAGUAAAGCGAAGCCCUGUGAAGCCCUGAGGACAAGUGGAGGGUCCCGAACACCCUCACAACUGAGCAGCACAGCCUAGACCACUCGGGCUGCUCUUGGAGGACACUGGCCUAGGUGUACUGGUACCAGAGAGCCUCACGAGCCGGCCUGCCUUUGUGCUGUCCUCCAUGUGCCUUGUGGGUUACUGCUGACUAAAACUGGAGAGUGAGCUCUGAGAACACUGAUCUGCACCACGGCAGAGCCAGCCAGUGGCGGAAAGGUGGAAAUCUGUAGUGUUUACCCCCUAGCCAUGUCUUCCCCUUCCCACUGUGUCUCUGCCUAUCUCAUAGCAGUCUUGGAGGCCAUGAGCUCAGAAGGUCCUGGCAGGAAACAGAAGGAUCAAGAAGGCUUUAAAUUCUUGGACAACAGGGGUGUGUUGCUGCCCUUAGAUGUCUUUGGAGGAGGUCGCUGAGGGGCAAAGACCUGCCUCCAAGUGGUCCACCACCAGAAUAGUCUUGGCUGGAGCUGACCUGCUGUGUUCUCACUUAGCAGAAACAAUUAAAAACGCCCAAACUAA